UAAUAAUAAUUCAAAACCACAAAAAAAAAUUAUCGUACAAAAACGAACUAUUACAUCAUUUAUUUCUGCGGGAUAGCUCGUCAUUUUGACUGCCAGCUGUUCAGUAGCCCAUGAUCUGGCUUUGUUGCCAACAUCAAAAAUGAGUUCAUGGGCUCUCUCAACAAGCAAACGAGAAGAGUUUCGUACAAGAAUGAUAGAAUACAAGAUUACGACAUAGUGACGCGCUCACUACCCCCCAAAGGGAAUAGGCAAUAGAAGAAUUGUCAAAUGGAAAACGGAAAUGUAAAAUAUAGUGAACCAAAUUGAAUAAUGUGCAGAUAGAAUAUUACAAUGAACAUUCUACUUUUUGAACGAACUACAAAUACGGCUUAUGCUCCUGGGCACUGCGUCUUUCCUGGAGGAACUUUCGAGGAGGCAUCAGAUGAAUGUCAAGAAUGGAUAGAUUAUUUUAAAGAGUACGGCGUAACAUCGAAUCAACUGGAUAGACUCAUUGUUAAAGAAACUAAUAUUAAAAGGGCAAGUCCGCUUUUAACCAGUGGUAAAAAUUUUCCACGUGAUAUUUCUUUACGUAUAACUGCUUGUCGCGAAACAUUUGAAGAAGUCGGAAUUUUAUUUUUUCGCAAUCAUGAAACACUUAAAAGGUUAAAUUCGGCACCUACUUUUGGAGAAAACUUUGAAGAUGUAAAUUUUGAUCGGGUAGGAUGGCAGUUUGCCGUACAUAAUGACGCUAAACAAUUUCUUAAUUUAUGUCGGCGGCUCCAUAUAGUACCAGACCUAUGGUGUUUGUACGAAUGGUCACUAUGGCGUAGUCCAUUCACUGCGAAAAAGAGAUAUGACACCGUGUUCUAUUUCGCAAGCUUAACGAAAACGCCAGCAUUACUUAUGGAACACAAUGAAGUAAAAAGCGCCAUGUGGAAAACUGCUUCAGAAUUUUUGGCGCUGCACAAAAAGCGAAAAAUAUGGUUGCCGCCACCUCAAGUGUAUGAACUUGUACAGCUUUCUAAAUUUGAAAAUUUACAGAACCUAACGAAGUACGCUAGUGAACAUAGCAUACAAGGUACAGAAUUACUUGCACCGUUUUAUUACAAGUCUUCAGAUGCUUUGAUUGGAGUUCUGCCCGGUGACGAUCUAUACCCCUCCGAACAAAAUAAUCAAUCUAGUACUUUGGACUACUCCAGCGAUGAACUCAAAUAUAUGGCGAAAGAUCUUCAUCGAAUAGUUAGUUUUGAUAUGCACCAAACAGUUAUACAAAAAAAUAUUUCUUCAAGGGAUAAUCAUUUAAAUAUAUUUGAAAAAUGUAAACUUUAGCUUAUAUAAAAUUUGAACAAAUAUAUAUUUUUAUAUUUAUAUUUAUA